AUGAGCGAUCAUGAGGGUGAAGGUCUUGACCUUGAUCGAUGGGAGGAAGCGAGCCUUCCCGGCGCCUCGAUCUACUCAUAUGCUGCAUCUGAUGUGUUCAACCAAGGCAUAGGCUCUGGCGAAGCCAAUCUUCACCCACCAACAGGCCCUCGAUAUGGAACCCAACGAAAUUACGUAGAUCAAGCCCGGCGCAUCAGAUUUCCGGAGACGUCCCAUCGGCCCCCGCAAUAUCUUGCCGCUUAUGCCAACUCCGGUAGCAAUGGCCUUCUUUAUCGACCGAGACCUGUAGCAGGGCCUCCCGCCCCCAAGAGUACAGCAGAACUUCGAUUCGAAGCCGGACAACCAGCGAAUGGUGAGCAUCAAUUUGCUUCAACAUGGAAAACAUUUCGAACCAUGGCGCUGCGGAUUGAUAGGGCAGCUCAACCGCAUCCAUUGCAGCAGCUCCAAGAGAUGAUGUCCAAUUUUAGUACAUUCAUCAAGAGACCGGACGAUCAAGACGACAGGAUAUUCAUUUGGGGCGAUCCACAGCCGGUGGAGGAAACCAAAACCGCACUCGCGCAAUGGGAGGAGGAUGUUCGCAAUUCAUUCCAAACAAACGGCGUCAACCGGACGGCCUGGGCUAAAUCAUAUGCACUUGACGGUCGUGCCGAGCAUCGACUUGAACGGCAGACUCGAAAGCAGGCAUUUAAUGAGCUAUUGAAACAAGUGGACAUUGACUAUCCCGUCGAAGCAGCUAUUCUUUGGCCAAAAGACCUUGACAUGGAAGAGUUUGAAAGCUUUCACGCUGAAGUCUUCGACCAACUGAGAAGCAGCUUUCCCUGUCGGAUCGACUUCCAGACAUCAGACAUGCAGUAUAUUGAGAUUAGUGCAUACACCGAAGUCCACAUUGCCAUGGUCAAGUCACGGAUCCUAAAUCUGGUCAAGGAAACCGUCUCUCGCAAAGAUCAGCUCCUCACGGUCACUUUGAUUCAUCUCCCCGACUACUCAAUCUACAGAGAUAGGGUUGGUCUUCAGGAUAAAGAUCCACGCACUGACUCGUACCUGCCAACUUUGCACGGUGUGCCAGCAGCUGAUGAGGAGGAAUUGGCUAAGGAACGACGCACAACACAUCUCAAUAAUCGGAAAAAGGUCAGAAAAACACUGGAUUCUUCUCUUAAGCGACUGAGACUAUCACAGCAUCAUGUGCGGAUGAGAGUUGUAUUUGGAGAGCUUGGGUUCACGUUGUUCCAGAAGCCUGCUGAGGGGGCGGACACAUAUGCCUUUGAAGACUUCUACGCAAUGGUCACGAAAGGACGCACUAAGCUCAACAUGAAUAGCCUGCCUGUCCGCCAAGGUGAUGUUAUCGACUUACCCGAUAUCCUUGAUUCGAUGGACGCAUUUGUGGACCGCACCGAAUUCUACGGAGCUUUCCUCGACUUUCCUGCGGCAAGCAGCCACACCCUUCUUCGACUGGAGACCGUCAUCUUCCCGGUAGGUGAGGCAGGUUUCGAAAUACGAGAGAAGCGAUGGGUCGAAUUCGGUGACAUGGUCUCCCGGCUUCAAAUCGGUCUUAUCAACUUUGAAAGACCAGAUUACCAAAUCACACUGGAUGCAUUCCCCUUGCACUCCAACAAGUCGCUCAAAGCCCACAUGGCGGCUUUUCAAAACGAUAUCUCUUUUGAACGACCACCGGAUGGUAUCAAAUCAGUCCCCCGUCGGCGCGUCAAGUACCCUUCGGGCCAUUCCGGCUUGUCUAACGUCUCGGAACUCAUUGUCGUGCGAUGGAGAUUUAAGCAAACGGACGGCAUCUUCGAGCUUCGCCGAAAGGACGUCUACGAUGAAAGACCAGGUCGACGCAGCCCAGGUCCGAUCCGAUCCAGCUGGCAUGCCCUGUACUAUUAUCCCGAAUGGGACAAUCUUUUGGGUGAAUUUGCAACGGUCAAACCGGGCGAGGACGUAAGUUGGGUCAAAUCGGCGGCGACUUUCUUUCCUGAAAGCAACAAUGAUGACGGACGAGCGUUGCCACAAGGGUUCAAGAAUUUCAUUACGGAGGUAGAGGAGAUUCAAGAUCUGUUGGCCGAAGCGAUCAGCAAAGUAGCCAAGGGAAACCAGAAUGCAGAAGAGGAAGACAGAGAUGAAGAGCAUCAGAAUGGCGUUUGA